AUGGUUUUUGCAGAUAGAAGCGAGCACGAGGAGCCGGGCGUGCCGGGCGCAGGUCGAUGCUCCACAGCAGAAACCCACGAAGCGAGGAAGGGGGAGGGCGACCACCGGGGGCCCGACCCACCCGCCCCGCCCGCGGCGAGGACGACCGACCGGCCACGUCGGUUCCCGAGGGGCGCAGCGCGCCGCGGCGGCGUGGGGGAGCGAGGGGGCGACCCCGGUCGUGGGCCCGACGCGGGUCCGGGGACGGCCGACGCGCCCUCGCGUCCACCCGCCGAGGGACCCGACCCGCGCUCGGGCGAGGCCACCGGGACUCCCCUGGCCCCCCGGGCGGGCGGGGAAGCGAGACGCACCGGGGCGCGGCCCGGGGAUCGCCAGACGGACGGACCGGGCGGGCGGACGGACGGACGGAGAGGGGCACCGACGGCGGGGGCGGUGGGGCCCGGGGCAACUGGAAACCACCCGGACGCAGGCGCCCGAGGUCUCAGCACCGGGUGGGGGCGCUCCCGCGGCGCCCAGGACGCCGGCCCCGGGCCGCUCGCGGGGCCCGCGCGCCCCAACCCGCAGCGCCGCGGGGGCCCGGGAGAACGCUCUCCCGCCGCGUCCCCGCGCCCCCACGGCCCUCGCGCCACCCGCCGGGCCCAGCUCCCCGCCUCGGCGCCCGAGGGCCCUCCGCCCGGGGACGCCAGCUGCAGGGAGGCCGGGGACGACACCCACGGCCCCGGGCAGCGGAGGGGGCGCGGGCGGGCACCCGUGCAGGGCGGGGGGACGGCGGGCAGCGAGCGCCGCGGGGCCGGGCCCCGAGAGAGCGACACGGCCGGGCCGGCAGGACAGCACGCGCGGGCCCCACCGCCACACGCGGGGGCGCUCCCGGGACGCCGGCCACCCCCCCGAGCCCCCACGCCCCGGCCCCGCCGCCCGGCCCGCGUGCCCCGCGCCGCCGCGUGCAGCGGAGGGGCCCGGACACCGUCCCCGCAGAUCGGCCCUCAUCGAGUCCGACCCCGAGGCUCACGUCGAGGGAGGGGGCCCAGCCACCGGCCGCCGCUCGCUCGGGGGAAGGCCGGCGAGGUCAUGCUCCACGCUUUUGGGGAAUUGAGUUUUUCUUUUCCUUUGGAUUAG